AUAAAUGAGAAAACGGCAAGGCCGUGAUUUUACGGAGGAAAGACUCCGUACGCUCAGCUGAUGCGAACAAAAAGAUGGGAGUUUUAUAAUGCUGAAUAAGUAUUGGCUGAUUAUUUAUAUAAAACAAUGCAGGAUGAAAAAUAAUUAACAAUGAAUGAAAAGAGUGGGAUUGCUGCAUUCGUAAAAGUAAAUAAUUAAUAUUUAGCUAAUUAAUUUAUCACUUGUAUACCAAUUUGUAUUUAUAUACUAGUUGUUUAUAUUAAUUAUAAUUUAUUACUAAUAUAACAACUUUGAUAGAGGGUGGUUGUGAUAUUUAUUUCUAACAAACAAACAAACAUAAAUAACCAGGACCUAUAUGAUUAAUGAACUCUGUGGGUCUCCAGACUCCAUUUUGACACACGCAAGCCAUAAUUUCCUAAAGUAACUAAACACAACAAAUUUAGCUCCCAAUCUGUGAAAAAUACAAAGUAAAUUUGAUGGAGAAAGUGAAAGUCACUAAUUAUUUUGAGUUUAUUUUGGGCUUUAUUGAGCUGAGCUCUAACGACCAGCUAUUCUGAUUUAAUUGAAAUUUAUAAGCCUGCAGAGCCUGGGUACUGUUUUGUUAUAAUCACACCGAGAAUUAGGAAACAAGUUGCUUAAAUAAUUAAAAAGGUAAGAGCAAAGCAGUGUAAAUCCGUUAACUUCACUGGAUCAUAGUGUUUAAACUGAUAAUAACUGGAUCGGGAAGAGCUACAGGUAAUGUUUACCUGAAUACCAUCAGAUUAAAAAUACAAACAUUUAAGGUUGUAACUUUUAAGGAAAAAAAACCGCACUCUUUAACAUAAUUACGUCAGCGAUUAUACAUUAAAUAUGCAAGACAUGGUGUUAGGUCUGUAUUAAAAGAUUAUUUAAACAUAUUUACCCAUUUUGAGCUCACGAACUAAAAUCGACACGUUGAAAUAAUUGUCGUUCCUCCAUUUCCGGGUUGCUUUCUCACAAACCCCGCCUUGAAUCUAAUGCACCAAUCGUAGAGCGCGUUCCAUCACGUCAUCGUCUUUACGCGGCCAAUCGCGUGUCGCGCCUGAGUCGGCGAGGCAAACACGAUUUUACAAUACACUACAAAGAGCAGCUGUGCGGUGAAGGCGGAGCUGAUUUCUCAACCGAACGCCCACUCAGAGCUGUUAGAGUAGGUUGUCACGUUCUAUCCAAUCAGCGAGAGGUUCCUUUGGUGCAUAAUGCAAGCUACACCAAUCGUAUUUGAUCAGAGGCGGGACUUGCUUCUACGAGACCUAGAAGGACGCCGUUGACUAGCCAACGAUAAAUAUUGACGUUACAGAGAACAAACAGCAAAAACAGAGGCACGGAAACGUUAGAACUUUGUAAAGAUGUUUAAAUUGAGGUCUUUUUAUUUUUUACAAUUAGUUUUAUAAAUGAUGAAUGAAACUCUGAUACUAAGUUAGUUCGUUUUCAUUUAGAAGUUGCAAUAAGGAUGACAAGAGCUUAAUUUUAGACUAUUCUAAGUAUUAAUAAAGAUGGACAAAAACAAUGGUUCGGUUUUGGAGAUAAAACGCAGUUGUCUCGUCACUAAAUCAGUGAAAUGUUUGCUGAAUGAGUUCCAGUGUGUGUACGGAGAGAAGCUCAGACGCCUCGAGUGUGAAAUUAAAGGCUCCCAAGAGGAGAUUUUGCAGAUGAAGAUCCGGAUCCUGUACUGUUAUGUAAAUGACCUGAGCGACCAGAAUCGAAUCUUGGUCCACACAGUGGAAGAGCUGGAGAAAGAAGCGAACGAGAAGGUCGCCGAUUUGAAAGCGAAACUUCAUACUGCAGCAGAAGGCAUUAACGAUUUGGACCAGCAGAGGAGGCGCCUGGAGGAAGACAACAAGCGCCUGAGAGCCGAGAUUCAGCAGCUGAAGGCUGAUGCUCAGACCCUUACACGUGUGAUACAAGAGGCUCAGCGUGCACACGGCCUGGACGUCACAGGGCUCACAUUAAAGACACAGACACUGGAGAGCAUCACAGACCAAUCAGCUCACAGCAGUCAGAUAUCGCAGAAGCCAGGCGACCUUAUGAAGGCUCAGGUGGAGGAUCUGCGGAAUCAGCUGAAGACCAAAAACAGGAUUAUUCGACGUCUGGAAGAGGAAAUUAAGAUGCUUUUGUCCCACAGAGUCCCAGAGAAGAAUGAGUUGCAGGGCAUAAGGGUUGCAGAAGCUCUGGAGGAGGUGUGUAAAGAGGAGGUGUGUAAGCCGAGCGUGGUGCAGAAGCGAAAACACACUGAGCAGAUACACAUGACGGAAAGCAGGCUGUCUGUGGCCCAGAAGCGACUGCAGGAGAACAAGAAGCAGAUCGCAGAGCUGAAAAAAGAGUGUGAACAUAAACAGAAAGAGGUGGAGAAGCUGCGAGAAGAGACCACAAGGUGUGCAGUGCUGGUGAAGGAGAACGCUGAGGAGCUUCAGACAGUAAUCUCUGAGAAGAGAAACCUGGAGCUGCAGCUCGCCGUAAUCGCUGAGAAACACAGAACGGCUCAACAAGAGGCGUCCAGCCGAGAUCGGGUGAUUCUGCAGCUGAGGGCGGAGCUUCGAGUCUCGGUGGAGAAGAACCAGGGAGUGCAGGAGGAGCUGGGGCUGCAGGAGGCCGAGGUCAGCAGGCUUAAUGAGAAGGUGAGGAAGCAGCAGGCCCACUUACAGGAGCUGAGAGAGCUGUGUCGCCACGGAAACGCCCGGAUGGACCAUGAACAGCAGAAAACACAGCAGCUUCAGAGUCAGCUACAGCUCGCCCAGCAACAGAUGACACGGCAGGCCGAGCGCGCGGAGCGUCUGCAGGGGGAACUGACCACCUCACAGCUCGACCACGCUGCCGACUCCGAGCGCUGGACUCAGAGGAACCUUCUCCUGCACAGAGAGGUCCAGCAGCUCCAAGAGCAGAACGUCCAGCACACGCAGAUCCUCGGAGAACUCCGAGAGAAGCUCAGAGCAGCCGAGCACACACAGCACCUCGCCACGGAGAAGGUAACAGAGUAUGAGGAGUUCCUGAAGAAGCGGGACACAGAGAUUAGACUUCUGAACCAGCAGCUGGAGGAGAUCCAGGACGAAGUGCAAAAGAGCAGGAACUCGUCCCAGAGUCACCGUUCUGCGCUGGACAUCUUCAAACAGAAAUACACCACUGCCAUGGAGAAGGUCCAACAACUGCAGGUCCUGAUCCAGAGAGCAGAGGAAGAGGCGGAGCUUUCUCAGAAACAGGUCGUCGAGGCCCGAGCAGAAGUUUGCAGUGUAAGAGCCGAAAUGUCCAGUCUGGAGUCUCGCUACGAGCAGACAGCGAAGCAAGCGGAGCUUUCGGAGGAGGCGAUGGAGCUGCUCACGGACGAGCUCCAGGCAGCGCUGGACAGCCUGAGGAGCCGAGAGGAGAGAAACCUGCAGGUCGAGAUGGAGGUGGCUGAGCUGCAGAACACACUCCUGACUCUCCAGACCAGAAGCGAAGAACUGCAGGAGCUCCGUGAGGAGAUGCGGAAAGUGACUGAGGAGAAGAACCAGAAGGAAAAGGAGAACCGGGUCAUGAGGAAUGAGCUCGAGCAGCUGGGUCGUGAACUUCAGCAGCUCCUCUCCUUCUUCACAGAAACAGCCGACACUGUACUCGAACGGGAAGACAGUGAUGUUUUCUUACCGUCAUUUCUCAAGAUUGCAGAGCAGCAGCCCAGUGACAAUCCUGAAGAGAAAGAGGACAUCCGUCAACUCACCCGGCUACAGUUGACUGUAGAGAAGCUUCGAGCCGAGGCCGGCGGUUUUCUGAGAUCUCUGCGGAACGCUGUAGGAGAGGCAGCGACGCAGCGGAGACUUGUUUGUGAGGCGGUGGGGGAACGAGACGAGGUCGGAGAGCAGCUGCAGCGGCUGAAAAGGAAUCUGGAGGAAACCCAGACAGAAAACGCUCACCUCCAUCAGGAGAGAGAACAGCUGGUGACCAACAUCAACCUCUGGAUCACUGAGCACAAGGCUGCUAACCAGAGUCUGGCUGGACGGAUCAAACAGCAGAACGAGCUUUUGACCGCCGUCAGUCUGGAGAGAGAGAACCGACUAGCUGAUAAUUUGAGCAAAAUAGCCGACAUCCAGUCAAGGCUGAGGUCCAACGUGCAGGCCGUCGAGCUGCUGAAUCAACAGCUGAGCAGCAUGAGUGAGGAGAACAAGAAGAACAGGAAGCUGCUGGAGAAGGAGAGGAAAAAGCGCUCACAUCUGGAGCUGUUGCUGGGCUUGAGGGUCGACCAGAGCUCGGUCCCUCUCCUUUCUCCUCCAUCCCUCGAGCCCUCAGAUCUGGAGCUUGACCAGAGUGAGUCGGUUCCAGAGCGGUUCUCGGCGCAGCUCAGGGGAACAUGUGAGAAGAGAUCAAAGUCUGCUUUACAGUAGCGUCAAGAGUCUUUUCAUCCAUUACUAAGAACCUACAACUUUCACACAGAGAGGUCAUGCGCAUGGCGGACACUGCGAACGACCAAUCAGGACACACACUUACUUUCCACUAACUACUCCGAACAAAAGCUCAUUGUUGCUUAAAAGCCAGUUGGGAAUGCAAAUAGGGAGCUGGACUGCAACGGUCGAGAUCCUGAUAGCUGUGGCAAGCUCACACGUUCAGUUUAACUCAGAAGUGAAAAAACAGAACUUUGAAUUACGUCAUUUUCGUCCGUCCCACCUUCAAGCUACAAAGAGAAACAGAAACAUGGAUGCCUCUAUGAAAACUUGUCUUUUUAAUCGUCCUGUCCGAGCACCAGAAUCUAGCCAGCUUAAUAUUAUUUACCGUCUCAAAACAGAAAACUGUAGGUCCAGUGUUAAAGACUGAUGUACGUUAGAUCUAAAGAAAAUACAAGCUUUAAUCAGACGGUUUGUGGGCGGAGCCUCUGAGCCUGAGCUCUAUAAUCGUACUAGCAAGUGACAUGAUUGAUUUCAGCAACAGAACCAAAUUUAAAUUUUAUGCAAAUUAGUUGCAACGUGAUUAUAACCAUGACUUCAGUUCAUCCUGUCAUGUACGACCUCGUUAAACGCAUAUAGAGAUGUUAGGAAUAAAAAAAUUCAAGCUCAGAAGGAAGCAGCAGCGAUCGCCAGUGCGUCCGGCGAGCACACGUGACACAAGCGACUCGUCACUUGCUAGCGUAAACGCUAACUACAUCGGAGUCUGCUUCUGCUCCCGAAGUGCCGCGAAACUGUCUGGAAGUCUGCGGAGGAGUUAAAUCACCGGCAGGAAACAGUAAAUCUCCUGUUCGGAUCUGUGUUCUCAGCUUCACACCGACCUGCGCGGUCUCUCUCACACACUAAAUAAAUAAAUAAAUAAAUAAAUAACAUAAGCCCGGACAGAAUAUAUACAACUUAGAAAAAUGUCCUUGAACUUUCCGCUGAGUGUUUCAUCACAUUGUCGUUGAUUUAUAAUGACAUCCUGUGCUCAUGCAGACGUGCCAUGUCAUUUUUCUUUCUUUCUUUUUUUUUCUCCUCUCGUCUGGAAAUCCAGAACAGAGAGGCAUUUUUAAUUCAUGAGUUAGCGGUCAGUAAGGUGUGUUUUCCACCUCUGUUUGGGUGUUUAUUUGUGUGUGCGUGAGAGUUGCGAGGGGCUCAGGGCCGUAUAUUUCACACCGAAAAUGAGCCCUCAUCCGUGCGCAGUGAUUGUGCUCAUAAAUAAGCGAGGGGAUGAAUCACCUGCUGUCUGCGCCAUGCAUGUUGAUAACGCAUUGUUAUUUUGGGUCCAUUUGUACAGCGCUGCCAGUCGGCAGACUUCACUUAACACACUCACUCGUCUCCGAGAGAAUCCCAGAAAUCCGACACGUUGACUUUGGUGAAUGCGAGCGUGGUUUUUUUUUUUCCUCUCGUAUACGUUUUGUUUUUUUUGUUUUUUUUUUUAUUCACCAAGAGGAUUUAGAGUGUAGAGAUGUGGACAGUGAGGUAUGGCAUGUGUGCGGUAACGUAUCCGUGAUCCUAGGACUGGGUGAAUUUAUCGAUGUUGUGAUAAAUUACGUCACAAAAGGCUUUUUUUUUUUCAAGAUAUCGUGAUAUCCUUAUUUAUUUAUUUAUUUAUUUAUUUAUUUUUAAUCGUUAAAAACCGAAUGAAAGCAGCUGAUUUGAUCUUAAAAUUUUGGACUUGAUCUUUAAAAUUGGAGAAAAAAAACUAGGUCUCAAAUAGGUUUCAUUCUUUUCUUUUAUUUAUUUAUUUUUAAUUUUUUUUUUAUCAACCAUACUGUAUUGCUGGGGAAUGAACAAACUUAAAUACAUACCAUUUAUUCUAGAAACCUCUUGGAGAAUCACAGUGAGCCAUAACAGACACCAGGGAUACUAAACAUGGACAUGUGGGCAGGGAUAGGAAAACUGCAGACAUUUAAUUGAUCAAAUUCAGUCUUCACAGAUUUGAACUACCAUUCUGGGUUUUUUUAUAUAUAUAAUAAUAAUAAUGAUAACAAAACAGAAUUGCUUUUGGACACGACAGUAAAGGCACAGCAGCCGUCAGUAACGUCUAAGUGUUUUCUUUGGUUUGUUUGUUUGUUUUUCUGGCAAUUUACCGGGACAGGGUUGUGUGUGAACUUUGAGGUGAAAUGCUGGAAAACUUGACCUGGAUCUUCGAUCCAUCCAUUUUCCGUACCACUUAUCCUACACAGGGUCGCGGGGAGCCUGGAGCCUAUCCCAGGGAACUCGGGGCACGAAGCGGGGGACACUCUGGACAGGGGGCCAGCCCAUCAGGGCACGGCCACACACCCAUUCACAUAUUACAAACAAUUUACAGACAACUACGUAAAUUAACGACGUCAAAUAAACACGUGGUCAUUGUUCAGUGCACCACAGACGUCGCAUAAGGCAUUUCCAGAAUUUUCCAGAGUGCCAUGUAUGAACAGUUUGGGGUUAAAAGUGUUCUGGGAAAUCCUUUUAACAUUCUCCACCUGGUACGCUUGAAAAACCCGGAACGUCCCAUUUAGUUAUCUGCUUUAAAUCUCUUGAACCAAGUGAUAUAAGGCUUAAAGAUGAACCAGACCUUGAAGUUUCUCCACUGUUGGAAGCGAUGCCACCAGAACAGACUCUCAGCAGAUCUCCUGCUACUUCCAUGGCUUACGGAGUGUCGGAGCGUUAAGCGAUGGAAACGGACGGACACGGGUACUCGGAUGGCUCCCUCUUCGGACUGGAUCCGAUGGAAAAUGACAAGAAAAGACAAAAACAGUGUCGGUGUUUCCUGUCUCUUCUGCAGAUUUCAGUGUGAAAACGAUUAAACAAACGAGUGAUAAUCAGCGGCGCAUUGCUCUGUGGAGACGUGGCGGGCACGGGUAAUCAGAUGUGGCAUUUCUGCUCCGUAACGAGCUUUUCUUCGUCGGGAAAACAAGCAGAUUGUUCUCGCCUGCCAUUUGAUCCUCCGGAUGAACUUCGUCUCCGCUUAGCGACUCAACUCCUGCGUUCGCACGUUUCUCUCCAGCAACGAAGACGUGCAUCUGAGAUUUAAAGCACACAGAAGGGAGAGCACAUGUGUUGGCUGAACAAGGAGACCUCGAAGGCCGCGCUUUGAAAUCGCUCUUCUCCAAGGACAGAAAGAGGGUCUGUUUCGACGUAUU